AUGCCGAAUGGCACUUCGUCGCACCCAAGCAUGACGCCGCAGACACGAUCUGGUAAUCGAGAUGUUGACUUCAAGGUGUAUUAUUCGAACAAGGUCCCGCAACAGGCCCACUUCCCUCACAGGCGGAAGACGGUGCGUCGUCCGUCGUCACCUCCACGAGGAGAUUUGAGUAAGCGGCAGAUGGUCUUUUUGCCAGACAAGAUGAAGGUUCGGUCUGCAAGGACUGUCAGAGAUUCGGAUGAAGAGACUGAAGAUGAGCAUGUGCAAGUCCGAAGCAAAGUAAGAGAAGAACAAGCUGGGCAUGGGCAUACAUCAAUGAAGCAAGAGCCUAAGGACAGAAAGCGGGGCAGUGAUGUUGGCCUCGAGACGGAGAGCGACAAGGAGAAGCCGGGCCCAUCAACGUCCAAACGUCGACGGACCACAGCCACAGUAAAGACGGAGCGUACCUUGAGGAGACAAUCAACCAUGACUCAACUUAUAGAGGGUCGGAGACCUUUAUCAGACACGGAGGAGCCGGACUUCAAGCCGUUCAAACGGACUCCACGGCUCAGUUGGGGUGGAAAAGGUCGAGGCAAGGGCAAAGACAAGCAGCAGCGGACUUUGACGCAGAUGAUACCGGGAAUGCGGCCUCUGGAAAUCAUGUCCGAUGAGGAUAUGGAGCAGGUACUGAGCGAUUCUGAAUCGCAGGACAGUGAUAGUCAAGCCUACGACAUGGCUGUAGCGCAACGCUUGGCAGUUCAAGGAGAUGUUCUGGCCGCUGAUCUUGGUGUGAAUGUCGAACCCGAAGCAGAACCCGUGCAGCAACACACCAACGGGUUGGAAGAGGAUGAGGCUGAAUUCCCUACUGUUGUGGUAGAGUCUAUUGAAGAUGCAACGAGUGAUGCUGAAGAAGAAAGCUAUCGGCCUACGCAAUACAUUGAUGCUCCAAGCUCUAGACCGGGACGAGUGGCCCGACUGAGCACAAAUACGGAACAUGCUGGCGAAAUUGCAGCGGUCAUGAUAUCGCCCAAGGCUCAAGGCAUACGAAAGCCGAGAUUCAGCUUGCUGAACACUCCCGAGAAGAGGCGUAUUCGGGAGAUACCAUCAUCACAAUCACCUGCAGAGUCUCCGCUUUCGACCCAGGUCUCGCCGCAGAAGUUAUGUAGGUCACCCCUGCAGGAGGCUUCAGGUAAUUUGUUAGUUUCACAAGACACGCCUUCCAAGCGCAAGCGAGUCACGUUCAAAGAUCCAUCAGUAUCUGCUUUGAAGAAAUUUGAGAGUACGAUCCAGGACUCAGAGGACUCAGACGAUGGGAUUGAAGAAGAUGUACCAUCAUCGCAUACUAUGGACCGUUGUACUGAACAAUCUCCCGAACUUGGCGAGGCACACACAUGUGCGAAUGCCACUCAGAGCUACAUUCGAGAACGGGCACCUGGGAAUAUACAACACUCAAUGAAUGAUCACAACGACGACACACCUACCACCCCGAAUUUACAGACUCAUGAUCAAGAAUUGGAUGAAUCUACUGUGGGGAGCAUUGAGACACCGCUUCCAAGCCCUGUAGAGUGUCUUCAUUCGACGCCACCUUCCAAUGGAUCAAAUGAACAGGAGAUGAUUCCUUCCACACCAAUGGUGAUACAAGACGAUUCGUCAGAUGCGGAUCAAGACGAGGAUCCUACUCCACUGCGUCAAAGUACCCAAGAUGUCUUACAACCCAAUCCUGCUGCCGUUCAGGAGACUGUUGAUCUUGACGGCGAGCCCGUACAGGUGCCCAGAUCACCUCCUGUACAGCAGGAGAGCCAGCAGUCCCACUCUAGCAAAGCCGAACACCAACUCCAAAGUGAAUGGUUUUCGUACUCGCAGUAUGUCAACACUCAGCCGCCCAAAUCCUCAUCUAUGUUUGUAGUACACGACCCAUUGAGCUACAGCAUCACCCAAUCGCUUCAGCAGAAGAACGCGCCGCGAAAACCUUCAGCAGCACAUCCUCCAAGCCAGGCCACAACCGUUGAUGAAGUCACACAAAGGACACCGAAGAGAAACAGGACACAGGAAAUGUUAAGUGCGAAUACAACGCCACGCCGGAUCGCAAGCUCACAGCCCAUCAUCUCGCCCAGUAAACCGCCACCGUUGUUUAUCCCAAGCAGUUUUCCCAGUCCUGCCAAAGCGGGAAUGCAGGAGUGGAGUAGUCCGGUGCAUGGACGCACACAGGAUCUUCUCCGAUCUAGUCAAUACGGUAUGAGCUUGGAAGACUUUAGUAUCCCUUUGCCACCACCUGUCGAGGACGACUGA